CCCGGCCGUUCCCCCCCGGAGCCCGGCCCCGUCCCGCCGCAGCCAUGAACCCGCUGCUCGGCCCCAACCUCUUCCUGCUGCCGCAGGAGCAGGGGGGGCUGCCCGGCCCCGAGCCGCCGCCGCUGCCCUCCCCGCGCCCCGCCGAGCCCUUCGCGGCGGAGCGGGGCUCCCCGACCCCCCUGCUGCCGCCUUCCUCCUCCUCCUCCUCCUCCUCCGCCGCCCCGUUCCCCCCGCCGCCCGCCGCCAUGGCCCUCCGCAACGACCUGGGCUCCAACAUCAGCGUGCUGAAGACCCUCAACCUGCGGUUCCGCUGCUUUUUGGCCAAGGUCCACGAGCUGGAGCGGCGCAACCGGCAGCUGGAGAAGCAGCUGCAGCAGGCGCUGGAUGAAGGCGGCCGCCCCCGAGGCCCCCCUCGCCGCGACCAGGCGGUGCAGACCGGCUUAGUGGGGCCCAUCCGGCCGCUGGGGUUAGGGUUAGGGCUGGGGGGCACCCGGCCCGCCGCCCUCUGCGGCCCCGCACGGCCGCUGGGCUCCCCCGGCUGCCACCCCGGAGCCCCCGCCCAGGCGCCGCCGCCCUUGGCCGCCUCGUCCCGCUUCAUGCCCGGCACCAUCUGGUCCUUCUCGCAGGCUCGGAGGUUGGGGCCGGGGCCGGAGACCACCUUGGUGCAGGGCCCCGGGGUCUCCUGGAUCCACCCGGACGGGGUGGGCGUGCAGAUCGACACCAUCACGCCCGAGAUCCGGGCCCUCUACAACGUGCUGGCCAAGGUGAAGAGGGAGCGCGACGAGUACAAGCGCAGAUGGGAAGAGGAGUACACGGUGCGCGUCCAGCUUCAGGACCGAGUCGCUGAGCUGCAGGAGGAAGCCCAAGAGGCUGAAGCGUGCCAAGAAGAACUGGCCAUGAAGGUGGAGCAGCUCAAGGCAGAGCUUGUUGUCUUCAAGGGACUGAUGAGCAAUAACAUCACAGAGCUGGACACGAAGAUCCAGGAGAAGGCCAUGAAGGUGGACAUGGACAUCUGCCGGCGCAUCGACAUCACUGCCAAGCUGUGCGACGUGGCGCAGCAGCGGAACUGCGAGGACAUGAUCAAGAUGUUUCAGAAGCAACUGUCUCUGCACUUGUCUCCCGUUAAGGUCCCAGCCUCGGUGGGGCGGAAGCGGGAGCGCAAGCAGGUGAGCGAUGAAGACACGUCGCUGUCAGAGAGCGAUGCCUCCAGGAAGCCUGACGAGGAAGAGGAGGAUGAGACCACGGCCAUGAGUAUCAAUGAGGAAAUGCAGAGGAUGCUGAACCAGCUGAGGGAAUACGACUUUGAAGAUGACUGUGACAGCCUCACGUGGGAGGAGACGGAAGAGACGCUGCUGCUCUGGGAGGACUUCUCCGGAUACGCCAUUGCUGCUGCAGAGGUGCAGGGGGAGCAACAAGAUGACAGCCUGGAGAAGGUGAUCAAGGACACAGAGUCGUUGUUCAAGAGCCGUGAGAAGGAGUACCAGGAAACCAUCGACCAAAUAGAGCUGGAACUGGCCACAGCCAAAAACGACAUGAACCGGCACCUGCACGAAUACAUGGAGAUGUGCAGCAUGAAGCGAGGUCUGGACGUGCAGAUGGAGACUUGCCGGCGGCUCAUCACCCAGUCUGGGGACAGAAAGUCUCCUGCCUUCACCCCGGCCUCCACCAGCGAGUCGGCGCCCAACGAGGAGAGCGAGGAGUCGGACCGGGAUCCCCCCAGCGACGCUUCCAUCAGAUAAUGAGGGGAGGCCCCGCUCCCCCCGCCCUCCGCUCCUGGCAGGGGGGUGUCUGAGCCGCGCCUGGGAGAGACUGUCAGGGACACGGAGCUGCUGGUAAACGCCUGUCACCCCGCCUCGGGGCAGAUCCGCCUGCCGCCAGGUGUCUUGCGAAUGGGAAUAGCUAGGUAGGCCCUGUCUGGGCCGCUCGCCCUCCAGCCCUUUCUCUGUUCCUUCUCCCCGCUUCGGUUUACCUGCGGUUCGGGCAGGGUGGCCCCAAAACCUGCCACGGCGGCGCUCUCCAGGACCUGUCCCCCCCAGGCCCUCCAAACCCACCUCCUCCGGGCUCUGCCCCGGUGCAUCUGGCCUGCCCCCUGCCCUCCUCGUGCCGCGCAGGAGCCGAACCCGAGCUGUGCCUCCCUGCAAACUGGACCCGACACUGGUGCCAACUGGACCGAGCCCUCGCUGCUCCCUGGGCACCGGGGUGAGCCUGGCACCCCGCUGGGCACCGCCGCUGUCCCCUCCCUGUGGGGCAGGGACGCCGAGUCCCGCUCACCGUGCACUUUGCUUUGCCACACGCGCGGCGGUGGCGCGUUUGUUACAGGGGCGAGGGGUCAUUAAACGGGACAGUUGCCUUUUCUACAGCUUCUCCGGGCGUGGGCUCUCACUGGGCUGCAGCAGGCACAGGGCUGCGUUGCUCCAAGCGGGGCCUCCUCUGCCCGGCCCUGCUCCCCGGGAUGCUCCCGUCCCUCGGGCAGGAAGGUGCUGGCGGUGAGAUCCCUCUUUGGGCAGCUACAAGGCCCUCAAAGGGCCACCUAUAACGCUGGUACUGCGUGGGCCAGGCUCCAGGCUUAAAAUAAAACCAAACUGAGUUGUUUUAUCUGCACUGAUGCCGAUGGCACCUUCCUCUGAUGUGUCUGCACCCCUUCACCACAGGCCAGCAUCCUCACUCCAGCUUUCUCCCAAUUCCCGUUUAAAAAACAAACAAACAAAAAAACACUUAGACAAAGCUGACAGCAGGCUGAGGUUGGUUGCUGAGGGGAAUGACUGAGCAAUACUGAGGGACGGGAGAGGUUUGUGUUCCUGUGGAGGAAACAAAGCUGAACAUGGCUUGUGCCUUGCAGACCGUCCUGCCUAAGAGCUGGCUCUCCUCUGAUGCAUCAGCUUUUUACCAAGGUGUCCCAGGGCAUCUCCUUACCUGGCCUCAGUUCUGCAUCCAACCGAGGGUGCCCCUGUCUCACCACCUCCUCUAGCCUUCUACCCCUGUGGACCUUGCGCUUCCUCCUGCAGUGACGGGAUGUUUUUGGGUGGGAGAAGUACCCUGCUGAGAGGCAGUGUUUUGCAGGGUCGUCUGCAGAUCAGCGGACCCGGGCUGCAGAGCAAAAGCAGGUGAAGCUCCAGAGAAAAACACCUCUUGCAAAAGGCCCCGAAGGGAAGAUAAAGUAGAUCACAGUAGAGUUUUUUUGGAUCACCCGUAAGAUUAGGUAAGGUAGAUAAAAUACGGGCUGGGGGAAUGCAAUAAUUUACCUUCCCAGGUCUGGCUUGCGUAACUAACGCUGUCGUGCACAUGAGCACCUGAGCAUUUGCACGUCACGAUGCAGAGGGUCGGCGUUUAAGCAGGGUGAGGUCCUCCCCGCGUGGCUGCAAGACGUGUUACAGCACGUGUUGGUGUUGCGGCGUACGUGAAGCUGUCUGGUUAGGUCUGGUUCCUGGGGGUGGGAGGGUGAGGCUGUGCCAGCUGCAAGGAAACCUCCAGGCCAGGGCACUGCUGCUGGGAUGGGGACACUGCGGUUCGUUAGCUGAUGGUCUGCUGCUGCUGCUGGGAUCAGUGCCACACUCACCUCUCACCGAGAAGAUGGGAAAAUGUUUGCUGCAUGCAGCAGUGUGCUUAAUGCCAGCACAGGGGUGCUCCCCUCCUGCCCUUGCAAUAUGCAGUUGCACGGACAGGAGGUCUCGGGAGAGACUGGGCAUUCACCCUCGUGGCCUUACCUCCACGCCACCUUCCCUGGUUCUUUCCAUUUCUUUUCCUCUUGCCUUUUAUCUUUUCUUCCUAAAAGAACUGAAAACAGACCAAAUACUUUAAUCCGUGGUUUUUCUUUUGAGUGAUGAUGCCUCACACACAGUAGCUCAAAGAUCGCUUUCUGUCCUGCCCGAAGGCUCUUGUGGUUCAUGCAAAUCCCCUUUCCUAUAUAUUUCCUUGCAGCAUUUUCUGCUCUCUCUCUGAUGUGGAGAUCUCUAUGACUAGCUGGCAAAGUCUGUCUCUCCCCGUGUGUAAUCCAUGGCAUGCAUAUCUUGGCCUCUGAUCUGUCUGUGCUGCUUAAGAAAUCUACUACUCCAAAGAAUGUAUGCUGAGAGAUUUCAAGCAUGAAGAGUAGAAGGACCAACAUCCCUGCCUCUAGAAAUCAUUGCCCAGAUGAGCACCUGGUGCUGUCAGACACCCGUGCACCAGGACGCAUGGGUAUCCCAGUCCCACACUACUUGUCAGAAUCUCAUUUGCAGUGAAACUGAGAUGUCUCCAUCACGUUUCUGCAAGAUGAUGUCCUUUGGUGAACUGCAUUGCUGGUCACAGGUUCUGAUCCUCACCAGUGUGAAAGCUCAUGAGAUCUCGCUGGCAGGACAUGCAACGCUGAUCCUUUCCUUCUGUGACUUCUCAGCAUGGGAAGCACAGCCCAAAGCUUCUGGUGGUGGUUGGACAAUCUCCCCUGCAUCUGCCUAUCCUUCAGUAGUGACUCCACAUCUUUGAUGCUGGAUACAAGGAGAUGUGGAUCUUCCAUUUAUAUAAUCCUACUCUAGGCUCCUCUCUGUUCCUCUUGGGGAGUAUCUAGCAUACUUUCUCUGGAACUGUGGUAUCUAGGAACUGUUCAGUACUGUGUUGCUUCUUGAUGUCCCAGCCUCACCCCUCUUCCAGGACACCUUGCUGCAGCACUGACAAGAAGCAGUAUCAGAAGAAAUUGUCUAGGGGAGACCCAGGUCUUAGCUGCUUAGUCUUUGUGGACACCUGUAGUCAUCUCAUAGGGAAUAAUCAUGAGUCUCGUUUAUCCGCAGACCACAACCCAUUCAAAAUCUUUGUUUGGCCUAAGCUUUCUCAAAAUCUUGGUUGCAGGGGCAGCUUGUCACUGGAUGGAGGGGGCCUUCUCCUAUCCUGGACCCGGCAGAUGAGUGGAUGAAAUGAAUGUUGGAGGAGCAGGUCAGUCACACUCUCCAGCUGACCCUGCUCACCUGGGAACAUGUUGCAGAUGAGCCUUAUCUACUCCCUCCUAGUACACCAGAGUGGACCUUGGCAUGCAGAGGAUGAAGUCCUAUCUCAGCAUCCACGUAUUAAUGUGAAUGUUUAUCGCCCAAGUACAGUCCAAGCACGGAUGUGUCUUACUGAAUGGGGUCCCAUGGAAGGAUGCAUCUGGGCCAGUCCUGCCAGCAUCCAUCUCAGGACCCUUCAGAUGUGACUGCUGUCUGGUCAUCUACAUGAUCAUCUGUCAAAGACCAUGGUUUUAUAAUUGUGUCUCUGGAUUGGUGUUGGAGCCCUCCCACUGAGUAUUUAGGAAGGCUGGUUCAGCUUCCCCACACUGUGGAAGUCUGUGUUGGUGCAGAAUCACUGUGGCAGCCUGGGAACGUGCUAGUGUUUGCUAUGGCUUCUCCCUCUCCAACAUUUGGACUGUUGGUGAGGACAGGUGCAAGUAUUUAACAGCAGUGGGAGUGGCAUGAAAAUCAUCUCUCGAUGCAAGAGCUGGGACGUAUCCACUUGGUCAGCAUCCUGCCUCCAUAAGGCACCAGGGGAGACUGCCAGCCUUUGAGCUGGAGGGAGGGACGCAGUUCUCUGCCUUGGCUGCUGUGCUCUGUGCUUGCUGUGCUGAGAUCAGCCUCUUGGCGAGGCACUUCAACAAACAAUGCCAGGCAUUUUGCUGUAAGGCAGGACUAAGCCCAUGUCUCCCUGCUGAUUGCCUUUCUGAUCCAGUGGCAGGCAGAGUGGCCUCUCCUUCCUCAUCCCUCUUUCACUGUGAAAGGUGAAUUUUCAGUACCAAAGACACCGGCUGCCAAAAUAGGCCCACUGAGUUCCUUCAUGAAGACUACCAGAUUUCCCCACAGAGAGGUCAGGGAGCAUCACCCUCCUUGCACCUCAUCACUGGGGAUGGGGGAUGUUCUUCUAGGCUCUAGGAAGGGUUCAGUCACCCGACCACUACAUAGCCCAGGUAAUUUUUCCUUCUGUUAAGCAGGUCUGAGCCCUCUCCCUCCCUUUGCUCAUUCCUGGGUCCCAUCGAUCUUAGAUCAUACCUCAGAACUGAAAAAGCCUCUUGUCUGUCUGUUCAGCUGUCCUGGUGGUGCUUUCCACCCAGCAACCUUCUGCUGGAGGCUCUGUCCCUGCCCCAUGUGUCAGCUUUGUGUGAGAUAGCUUUUCCCUGUUCUAGGAUCCCUUUAAUGGUCCUAAAUGUGGUGCUGACAGCCUUCACUGGAGCAGCUUUUCAUUCCCUGGUAACCUGUGUAGUGUUCUAUUUAUCUCGUUCUUGUGCUAAGCUAGGAGGGCAGGAGCAAUCAAAGCUGCAUAAAAACUUGCUCUCGCUUCUACAUUCAAGCUAGGAGAUUGGCUUUCCUGAGCCUCAUACCUCUGCUGCAAAACUCUUUCUAUGUUUAGGUGGCGGUGGUGAUCUUCUAAGGAGAGAUCUGCCUGCCAGCUCUGCAGAAGAGCUGAGAAUAGAUGGCAGGCCUUGUUUGAAGUCCUGCUGUGAGGCAGCCAAGGUGGAGCUAGGCCAGAUGAUAAACCCCCACCAGAGCCUUGGCUGUGUCAGCAGCUCUGUCGAUUCCAGCUGCAGUCGAGUGAUCCUAAGAGCAUCCAAAAGGGUGGUGCAGACUCUUCCUGAGGCUUUCUACACGAAGAGCUCCACUUCUACAUGAGGAGAGGUCAGAAUUAACUCAGAACACAGUGGAGUGCUGUCUCCUUGGGGAUUCAUCUUAUGAUGCAUGGGCAGGCUCAUGAAAUCAUCUGACAAGCCCCUGCUGGUGGUGAUUAAUUCUGGGAACAAUUGGUAAGGCAGCAAGGAGGACUGGAUGGGCUACAGGCAGCUUAAGGGAAGUUCAGUCACCAUUGAAAAUCUUCCAAAGGAAGUAUGAGACUGAGAACUGUUUUAGAUGUGAAUUUGUAGAAUGAUUGGAUAAAUUUUUGCUUGGGACGUGAGCAAGGAGAGGAUGCAAUAGGCCCCCUGACAGAAAGGGUAGAUUUCAUAGCUUGGGAAGCAGCUAUGCUAGCUGGGAAGAUACUAAAGUAAUGCUAUGAAAAAGGGGUUCAAGCAGCCGCUAAAAGAUGUCACAAUCAAGCUGAAUCAAUAUUACAACACAUGGGAAGAGGCAACAAUUUAAGCUUCCGCAGAAGACAGUGCAUCUGGGCAACAUGCAAGAGGAAGUAAGAGUUCUCAGGACAGGAAGAAAUAUGAUUAACUGACAUUUUUUAAGUUCAACAUCACAUCACAGAACUCCCAGCUCACCAGUCUAACCCACUGGUGAAGGUGGAGUAGGGAAGGGCAAUCAUGAAUUGCAGGUGCAAGCUGUGCUAAAAACCACAUUCCCUCUAGAGCCAACAGUAAAAACACUAUGAUCUGACACACACGUUCAUUAAGGCAUUGGAAGGUCUUUUGUAUAAUCCUCAGUCACCAAACAAAACACAGUGAUUUAUUUCUUAAGUACCUCUCUGCUUCAAGUGAAAAGGAAAAUUAUGUUGUCAUGGGAGACUUUGGAUGGGAAUACUAAAGAAUAUGCUAUGCCACAGGGAGCUUCUCAGCAAGUUACAAAUAAUUGCAUGCCCAAGUAAGGCAAUGAUUUUACAUGCCCUUAUGACAGAUGAAGAUUGAGUUAGAAUUGGUGGUUGCCUAAAGACAAGGAAUUGAGUGAGAAACAAAUCAAGAUAUCACCCAGGACAAAAAUAUCACAACAGAGAACUGUGCGGUAUUAUAUAGCCUUUUCUUACAGUGGAAUUAUUUAGGAGAAGUAUCAGGAAACUGUGAUUUAAGUGGAAGAUCCUUGGGAAGAUGAGAGGUGUUUUUUUUUUUCAGUUAUCUGAAAAUCUGUGAUUUAGUAUGCAUGAGAAGAUAGCUUUCAGUAAAACAAUUCCAUGACUAAGUGGCCAUGUGAUAGUAGUACUUGAAAAUAAUUAAUAAAAGUAAUAAAAAAAAAAUACCUCAAUUAAUAAAAAUAAAAUAAACAUUGUAACAACUGCAGUGACUGUGUGUGGAGGAAGACAAAUACAGGGAUGACAAAAUAAUUGAGAUGUAUAAAAAAAAGUUAUAUGAGUGGCUGAUGACCUCAAGAAUAAAUACCUAUAGGUGGAUAUCUAAGGAUGCUAACACAUUGUCCUAGUUAUAUUUAAAGGAAAAUCAAUCCUUGCAGUAAUAUAAGCCUUUUUCUUGGUGGGGAUUUAAAAAAAAAAAAAAGUCCUAAAUGAAGAAAAAAAAAAAAGGAAGUACUCAUCAGAUAUGUCUGUUCUAUAUUUGUAAAGAGCAGAACGUGGUCAUAGGGGAAUGAAGCACUUUCCAAGCCAGUAGUAAUUAAGGCGAAUUCUUGACAGGAUCUUCUCAGGAUGAACACUUUCACUUUUCCAGGUACAGGUGACCUAGAGCGCUCUGAUGGGGAGAAAUGCAUGGAGUGCUGUGGUGUGAACAAGCCACUACACAAUGCCUGAGGCUGCUUGAGGGAGAUGGAAUGAGUGACCCUGGAAAAAAAAAAAGCAUAGUGCUGUUGCAGCUGCUUUCCUGCAAACAUCAUUUUAGAAAGCACCCUAAUCUCGUUGGUGAUGAAAAAGUGCUGGCUGCUGAAAUUCAUGGUUUGUUGAUGUCAAUUCUUAAAUGAAGUGGGGAAGACCCAUUUAAAAAUGACUGGGCAGAUGGGUGAACAAAUUACCUAAGUGGUGAGCCUGGCAGCCCACAUAUGGAAACCGAUGAGAAACCAGUGGGGAAGGUAAAAAUCAGGAAAUGAUGGAAGAAGUCUGCAUGGACAUGGAGGGAGAAGAAGUUGAUAGACAAAUCUGCUACCAUUUUUGAUAUGUAGAUAUGAUAUCCCAAGAGUCUCAAAAGGGGUAAAUGCCUCAAACAAAAUGAGGCAUUGAAAUAUAAUUUCAUAAUUUAAGUUUUUAAAUAGGGCUAAAAACAGGCUCUGUUACCAUACAUAUAUAGCCAACAUGUAAGCUAUGCAUGAAUCAAUCUAAGAGCGAGGAAUAAUAGUGUUUGACCAUACCUGGGACAACAGGAGCUCUGGAAAGACUGAGGAAGCAGCAGCCUGAUGUGAGUUCUCAGCCAGCUGUCUUUAAACAUCUUUUAUUCCUGUUUGGCAUUGGUGUGUUUUGUCCAGGUUACCAUCUCAUUUUGUAGUAGUUGGAGCAAAGAGGCCUAACUCUGAUUCCAGGCUGGAGAAAAAUGCUUUGAGAGUGAAAAGGUUAGUCUCUUUAGCUCCUCAAAAAAGGGUAAAUGACAGUUUUUGCCCAUGAGGAUCUGAUGAACUAUAUGGCUGUUUAAUCAGGCUGAGAAAGGCAUACAAGGACUAUGAGGAGCUGGGGAGACUGGAGGCCAUAUGCAUUCAGUGAAACGUCAGCGUGCCCUUAGGGUAACCAAAAAGCUGGAGAUUACAAACUACCUUUAAAAGGUUUGGCCACUCUUAUCCUUUCUAAAUCCACUUGCUCUUCAACACGUGAGUUCCUCUUACUAGCAAUCACAUUGACAAAUGCAUCCAAGGGUGCAAACAGACCUCGGAGGCAUAGUUUAUUGCAAUGAAAGCAACACGGAGCCUACCCCACUGCUUCACUGUCAACCAGGUGCUGACCAUGCUGGGCUUCAGCUGAAUUGUCUUAUACAGAGGUAAAACUGAUACUUCUCUCUACUUUCUGGACUCUUUGGUGAGCCUUUCUAAAAAUCUGCCAUCACGUCUGUAAAUUUCUAAUCCUUUGGUGUCAGGUCUGGUGUGCAUAAUGAAUUGCAGCUUAGUUUGCUGUUGAGCUGUUUCAUGCCCCAAACCAUCUGAGAUUUUCACUUGGUACUGACAGGUUGCUGAUCCAUAUCAUGGAGAUAUUAUCAAGUCCUGACACUUCGGUUGGCAAUGGUGUCUUUGUCUCACCUCUGCUGAGGGAAAAAUCUGGGAAUACCCCUACAUGGCAACAACAUCGCUUGUACUUUUCUACAGUGGCCUUCCCUAAAUGUCCCAUUCCAUCUUAUGGCUCUUUGGCAGCUUUCCUGUGUCUGAGAUGCAUUUGAAAAAGGUUUUAAUACUACCUUUUUUAUUUGUUACGUAUUUUCUUUAAAACCUGCCCUUUUUAGGCUCUUUUAAAUUUAAUUUGCUAUUAUUUAUGAGUUUUUCUUCUGUUUUCAUUUGACUACUGCAACUGCUCUUUAAAGGCUGUCUCUUUGAAUCUUAUGCAGUAAAAUAUAACGCAUUACUAUUGUUUCUUCUAGGAGAUGUACAUUUAAUUGAAAAUAAUUCCCUCGAGAAGAUGCCACUGCUAUAGUAAGAUAAUACAUGGAGGUAAGUUAGCUGUGCCGUAGUAAGAAAUUAUAUUCAGCUCACAAGAGUAAGCAACAAAUUAUUUGGUUUUGCAGUGUAUAUAAAUAAGAUUGCCAAAAUGUAGGCAGCUUGUUUUUGGUGAAACGCCUGCUUUUUGUGAGUGACUGUGCACACAGCACUGUUUGUGUACCACGACUAAGCUGUGAACCUGUGCUUUGUGAAUGGCAUCUGUUACAAAGAAGAGUUUGGAACGCUGUCA